AAGAAGACGAAGAAGAAGGGGUGUACGUGCUGUGUCUUGCUGCAGUUUUAAAAAUGGGCACUUUUUGAAGAACCCGUAUCAAAGUAUUGUGGAGAAGCGUCGUGUUAAAUCUAAUUGAUGAACGGCUUUUUGUGAGUUCUGACGAGGACAACUGAGUGAUGUUGUUGGUGAGCUUGGAUUAAAUCAUCUCUAAACAAAGAACUUGUCCUCGUGGUGACUGACUUGGGGAGUGGAGGUCAGUGAGCCCAUUGUCUCUGCUGGUCCGACUCCAACUACAAAGCCGGCCCGCUCGCCCCCUCCUGAGUCUGAGAGGAGAUCCAGAGAGAAAGAAGUGAAAGCAGGCCAAAACCUCAGCACAUGGAUGAUAUCAGCCAAAAACAUCCAGCGCCAGCAAGUAAAGAUGAGCCAGCGGCGAUCCCUGUGGAAAAGACUUUUCCCGCUAUGAAGCAGCCCAGAAGACGCAAGCGCGCCAACAGUGAGGACAGAAGCUUGAGCUGUGAUCAGUGUGGGAAGACCUUUACUCAGAUUUGUAACUUGAAAUCACAUCAGCUGAUCCACACCGGUGUGAAACCAUUCAGCUGUGAUCGGUGUGGAAAGUCUUUUACUCAGAUUGGUAGCUUGAAAACACAUCAGCUGAUCCACAGCGGUGUGAAACAAUUCAGCUGUGAUCAGUGUGGAAAGUCUUUUACUCUGAGUAGCAACUUAAAAACACAUCAGCUGAUCCAUACAGGUGUGAAACCAUUCAGCUGUGAUCAGUGUGGAAAGAACUUUACUCAGAGAUGCAGCUUAAAAUUACAUCAGCUGAUCCACACCGGUGUGAAACCAUUCAGCUGUGAUCAGUGUGGAAAGUCUUUUACUCGGAGAUGCAUGUUAAAGCAACAUCAGGUCAUCCACACGAAAUUUAAAGCUUUCAACUGUGAUCAGUGUGGAAAGUCUUUUACACGGAAAGGUCACUUAAAGAGACAUUAUAUGAUCCAUGUUGGAGGUAAAUCAUUUGUCUGUGAUCAGUGUGGAAAGUCUUUUCAGGAUAGAUAUCACUUAGAGAAACAUCAGGGCGUCCACAGUGAAGUUAAACCUUUCAGCUGUGAUCAGUGUGGAAAGUCUUUUACUCACAAGUACAACUUAAAAACACAUCAGCUCAUCCACAGUGGAGAGAAACCAUUCAGCUGUGGUCAGUGUGGAAAGGCUUUUUGUAAUAAGAGCAACUUAAAAAUACAUCAGCGCAUCCACAGUGGAGACAAACCAUUCAGCUGUAGUCAGUGUGGAAAGGCUUUUCCUUACGGUAAUUACUUAAAAAGACAUCAGCUCAUCCACAGUGGAGAGAAACCUUUCAGCUGUGAGCAGUGUGGAAAAUCUUUUACUCAGAUGAGUAUCUUGAACUCACAUCAGCUCAUCCACUCUGGAGUUAAAUCAUUUGUAUGUGGUGACUGUGGAAAGGCUUUUUUUGAGAUUGAUAGGUUAAAAUCACAUCAGCUCAUCCACUCUGGUACUAAACAAUUUGUAUGUGGUCAGUGUGGAAAGGCUUUUACUCAGAUGAAACUCUUAAAAAUACAUCAGCGCACCCACUCUGGAGUUAAAUCAUUUGUAUGUGGUCAGUGUGGAAAGUCUUUUCGUAAUAAGAGCAGCUUAAAAAGACAUCAGCUCAUCCACAGUGGAGAGAAACCUUUCAGCUGUGAGCAGUGUGGAAAAUCUUUUACUCGUUUGACUAUCUUAAAAUCACAUCAGCUCAUCCACUCUGGAGUUAAAUCAUUUGUAUGUGGUGACUGUGGAAAGGCUUUUACUCAGACGACUAGCUUAAAAUCACAUCAGCGCACCCACUCUGGAGUUAAAUCAUUUGUAUGUGGUCAGUGUGGAAAGGCUUUCUUCUUUAACAAAGAUCUAUUGAGGCAUCAAAAGACCCACAAAGUGUCCUCCUGUGAGAAAAGGGGCAGACCAAUGGGACAUUACCCUGACAGGGUUCAUUUGAACACAGUGGGAGAAACAGGGAUCUGA